AUUCACUUGCAUUGUGGGGACCUACAGAGCUGAAAUAUUCAUUUGUGUUCUGCAGAAGAAAGAAAAUCACACAUCUUGGAUGGCAUGAGGGUUUUCACACUGUUGCAGAGGGCAAUUCUUGUUCUCUUUCUGCUUCCUCUUUGUACUGAAAGUGUGAAGGGCGAGACUGUGAAUAUUGACACUCUUGGCCGCAUUAAAACUUUUCUUCAUGAGAAUUAUGAAAUAGGCCAGUAUGCAGCAGCCAUCAAUGUCCCAAAGGAGCAGUGUCAGGUGAAUUUCAGUCCCUCAACCGACACGUUUCUGAAAGAUGACAAAGGAGAAAAUGUGAAAAACAUUAUAAAAGGUGAUGAAUAUCCUGUCUACAAAGGCGAAGAGCUCAUUGCUGCAGGGGUUCAGAAUAAUCCAAAUCCUGCUCAUUCAGAAUUUCUGCUUUUGAAUCCUCCAGAUGAUAAUACUGAAUCCCCUUUGAAAUAUUUGAUGAAUAAGGGAACGGACAGAUGUGUUGUUUUCUACACCUUAAACUCUCCCUGUAUUCAAACCUGUCUCAGAGGAAAGUAUAACAUUAUACCAGGUGUUAAUAAAUUAAAAAGGUACAAGGGAAUGAAAGCCUUUGUUUUCACAAAUAUCUGGACAAAUGACCAGGGCAGAACAGAGGUCCUGAGAGAAAAACUGAAGCUGAUUGCUGAUAGAGUUCCACUUUACCGCUGCAAGGUCAACAACCCUUGUGUGCUUUGUGGAGAACCAGGGUCAACAGAAAUAGAUGAGAUGUGCUUGAAUACUUAAACCAAAGUUUAGUUCUACCUUGCUCUGUCAGUCACGUUGAAAUGUUUUCCAGCAAUUCUUCUUUAGUUUGGCUAAUGUGUUAAUGAAGCUUCAAGAGAGCAAACACACACCUGUGUUGCAUUUUAUUUCUUUAAUUAUUUUCUUAUAAAUGUCUUAUAUAUUUACUAAUUUCUUUAUGUAUCAUUUUAUAUACUCAUCACUUUUCAUUCUCAUAACUUUAAUAAUAAUUUUAUAUAAAUGUCCUGAUUAAUCUUAUGCUGUGUGCUGUAAUGUGUUCACAAUUAAAUAAAGAGAGGUCUUCCACAUCAUGGGACGAUGUUGUGAAUAAUUCAUUUUCCUUUGUCUUUGCUUAAUAAUAACAUUUGUUGAACUUGUGCUGGUCAGAUGAAGUCAGACUGAGCAUCAAGGCUGU